GGGGCUAACAUGGCGGCGGUUCUGAGGGGGAGCCCUGAGGGGGAGCCCUGAGGGGGCUCUGCGGGCACGGCCACCCGGAGAGACUGGCGGUGUCGCACAGGUUGGACACGAGCCUUUCCUGAGGAGGAGAAUUCACGUGUUUGUUUAUUCUCGGUCUCGCAGCAACGCUGGAAUCGCGCCCCGCGAGCCAAAUCCGCACAAACCUGCCGGCAGAAGGCGGCACAGGCACCGGCAGCAUCCAGGGAAUGCUGGCUUGAAUCGAGGAUGUCAAUUGUCACUGUCCAGCUGGGGCAGUGUGGGAACCAGAUUGGCCACGAGGUGUUCCACUCCCUGUGCAGUGACAUCCACGGCACUCACGGGCUGUGCUCCAGGGAGGAGAACCAAUCCUACCAGGAUGCCUGCAAGGAGAGGUUUUUCUGGGAGGAGGAGAAAUCUGGAGUGCCCGUGGCCCGAGCUGUGCUGGUGGACAUGGAGCCCAAAGUCAUCAGCCAAACCUUAUCCAUGGCUGCCAGGUCUGGCUGCUGGAAAUACAACCACCAGUCCCACUUCUGCCAGAAGCAAGGCUCUGGGAACAACUGGGCCAACGGGUACUCUGUGCACGGGCCCAGGCACAAGGAAUCAAUAAUGGAUCUGGUGCAGAAGGAAGCAGAGAGGUGUGACCGCCUGGGAGGAUUUGUCACCACCAUGAGCAUGGCUGGGGGCACAGGCUCAGGCCUGGGAGCCUUUGUGACCCAGUGCUUGAGAGAUGCUUUUCCAGCCUCUUUCAUACUAAACCACGUCAUCUGGCCCUUUGGCACCGGUGAGGUCAUCGUCCAGAACUACAACAGCGUUCUGACCCUGUCCCAUCUGUACCGCUCAGCAGACGCCCUCCUGGUCCACCAGAACGACGUGAUCCACAAGAUCUGCGCCCAGCUGAUGAACAUCAGGCACAUCUCCUUCAGGGACGUGAACCAGGUCAUUGCACACCAGCUGGGCAGCGUGUUCCAGCCCGCCCACAGCGCCCAGGGGGGCCCAGGCUACAGCAGGAACCCCCUAGGAGACUUGAUGGAGACCUUGGUCCCACACCCCGAAUUCAAGAUGUUGGGUCUCCGGAACAUCCCUCAGAUUGCUGAGAGCUCCCUCCCCUACAGCACCUUCAGCUGGCCUGGGCUCAUCAAACAUCUGAGGCAGAUGCUGAUUGCUAAUGCCCAGAUGGAGGAAGGUAUUGACUGGCAAGUCCGACCACCUCCUGCAGGCUCCUCCACCCCCUCCAGCCACUCCACCAAGAGGCCACUGCACUUCAACACUUCCAUUGCCAACCUGGUUAUCCUGAGAGGAAAAGAUGUGCACAGUGUGGACUUGGGGAGUUUCCAAGAUCCCUCCCUGUACACAUCAUGGCUAAACCCUCGGGAUGCUUGGAAUGCCUGGAGAACACCGAGGGCAUUCAACAAGUAUGAAAAGUCUGCCUCCCUGGUCAGCAACAGCCAGUUCCUGCUCAGACCUCUGGACAGCAUUGUGGGAAAAGCUUGGAAUAUGUUUGCUUCCAGAGCUUACAUUCACCAGUACACCAAGUUUGGAAUUGAAGAGGAGGAUUUCCUGGACAGCUUCACAACCCUGGAACAAGUUAUCUCCAGCUACACCACCCUUUGAUUUGAUUUCUUUUACAUGGUCAGAAGUAGAGCUUUGCUGAAAGAACCCAGCACUGAAGAAACCUUCCCUCAGCUUCCUGAAGUGUGGAAAUUACUGGGCUGGAGCUGGUUUUCAGUCUUGAAAGCAGAAUGAGUGUGUGUGUGUGUGUGUGUGCUGAACCUGAGCUGAAUAUAUUUAUAUGGGCAGGUAUUAUUAUUUAAUAUAUCUAAUAAAUACCUAUUUUUCAAUA